CCUGCAUAAUCCCUUCUCUCCCCUCAUUCAUGUUUCCAGUGGCUGGUUGGUUGCGUUGUUCCUCAGCACAGCAGCAUAGCAGCAUGAAGCCAGCAGCUGAGCGUUCUGCUGUGGUCAUAGAAGAGGCUGACAGCCGGCCUCUUCCCCCGGGAUGGACGAGCUACUUGUCACCAGAGGGACUGAGGUAUUAUGUGAACAGUUGCAGUAAAGAAAAAACAUGGCAACGUCCCUUCUUGUCAGCUGAGGCCCCACAAAGACCACUGACAUGCCAAAACUCCUCACCAUAUGCCAAUGAAUGCCACAGCAGUCGAAAGACCAGCCAGUCUGCAGAGACACCUGGCGUUUCUCUAAGGAAACCUACCAUGAAGAAACAGCCGCCCGGCUCUGUGUCGCCGGCCAAAAGGCAGAUCAAGGAGGUCAAGGAGACCAAGAUCACUAUCAACUGUGUGACUUUCCCUCUGCCCGGAGAAGGUCCAGAGCAGCAGCUCCUAAAGCCCAAUGAAUGGAGCUACUGUGAUUACUUCUGGACUGACAAGAAAGACCCCCAGGGCACCACCUCUGUGGCAGGAUUCGAGGUUCUUCUGCAGAAACAGCUGAAGGGAAAGCAGAUGCAGAAAGAGAUGGCUGAGUUUAUCCAUGAGAGGAUAAAGAUUGAGGAGGAAUAUGCCAAGAACCUCUCCAAGCUGUCUCUCAGCCCCUUGGCAGCACAGGAGGAAGGGACUCUCGGAGAAGCCUGGACUCAAAUGAAGAAGAGUCUCCAUGAUGAGGCUGAGGUCCACCUAAAGUUCUCCAACAAGCUCCACUCUGAGGUGGAGAAACCCUUGCUGACGUUCAGAGGUGACAACUUCAAAAAGGACCUGAAAAAGUACGACCAUCACAUCGCCGACCUCAGGAAACAACUGGCAAGCCGCUAUGCAAGCGUGGAGAAGGCCCGUAAAGCCCUAGCAGACAGGCAGAAAGAUCUGGAGGUGAAGACCCAGCAGCUGGAGGUCAAACUCAGCAACAAGACGGAAGAGGACAUAAAGAAGGCCCGACGGAAAUCCACACAAGCAGGAGACGACCUGAUGCGCUGUGUGGAUCUGUACAACCAAACCCAGUCCAAGUGGUUUGAAGAGAUGGUCACUACCAGCAUGGAGCUAGAGAAGCUGGAGGUUGAACGGAUCGAGUGGAUUCAGCAGCAUUUACGCCAGUAUACGACUCUGAGACACGAAACAGACAUGUUCAAUCAGAGUACGGUGGAGCCAGUCGACCAGCUGCUGCAGAACGUGGAUCCAGCCAAAGACAGAGAGCUGUGGGUGAAGGAGAAUAAAACUGGCGAGGUUCGACCUGUGGAUAUGGACAUAUAGACUAUCCUGAGCUGGGAUCAGCCGUUGUGUCUUCAGUAUUAUGACAUGUCCACACAGUCCCAGAAUACUUCUGGUUACACUGAUCUAGGGACAGCGCAUGUUCUGACUCCUGAGGUCUGCUCGUUCUCUCUCUGAUGGAACGAACAGGAGGAAAGGUUCAGGAAACAGUAACGGUUGAAGUACCAGCAUGUUCCUUCUAAAUUUAAACCCUAUCAUAAUAAACAUUAGCUUACUGAAUGCUGUUUAACAUGUUCUGCUGUUUACCUGUUGUAAAGUUGAGACCAUUACAAAAAUAUAUGUUUUUUGAAAUGUUGAGUUUCAUUCAACACUUCUCCAAUUUCAGUGCAUCAAACAGAAGUCUGAUUAUUGAUACUACCUUUAUUUUAGAUACUGGAUCAUACCAAGAUCUUAGAAUGAAUAUGAUAUAUUUUCAUAUUUUGCUGGUUCAUUCUGGUGAAAAUGCAUGUUUUGAAUAUCUUUUACUGUGUAUGGAGAACUGCACAGUUUGUGGAACCACGGUGAUUGUUUUGGUAUAGUUCAUUGGAUUUACAGGUAUUCUGUAUCUUGAGUCAAUUUAAGAGAUUUGUCAAAAAAAAUUAGACAAUGUGCACAGUGUUAAUAUCCAGUAACCUCAGAUGUUUAAAACACACUCACACACACGCAGUGCUUUGGAAUGUUAAUUUGAUCCCGCUCACCACAAGUCCCAACAUGUGGUUGGUCAAAUUUAGGUCAGGGUCUGUUGUGGAACAGUUCAGUGGAAAAAGGUGGUCUAAGUUACACGGAAACACCUUUUAGUGCCUAACGGUUAUAUACCUGGAAUGUCCUUGAUGUAUUCUACUCUGCAUUGAGUGUAUAUUUGUACAUACAGGCUAGAUGUAUUUUACUGUCAGAUGUUUAACAAGCCCUCCAUCUUUGGGCUCAUGAGGUGUUUGUACUGUACAAUGUUGUUUUGGUUUAUUUUCAGUAAGCGUAAAAGGUGGUGACAUGCAGCAGAAAGCAACAUUUACCAAAUCACAGAUGAGGUAGGAAGCCACAGAUAUGGAUAGAGCCAGCAGAGCUGAAGCCAACUG